AUGGCAGCUGGACACGUUGAAGUGAAGAUCGCCAAGCAGAUUCCCGUCUUUAUGGACUGUGAUAAUCUAUUACAUUUCAAGGGUUUGGUUGACUGCAUUAGCCAAAACCUGAAUGAUGACCAGACCAAGGUUCGAACCGUGACCAGUCUCGCUAUCGCCGCGCUGACCGAGGCAUCUAAUAGACAUAUAAAUAUGGACAUUGUGAUCAGUCAUGAUCGCAAUGGCACAAGAGCAACAAUGAGCUGCUUUUGGGCUCAUGUUAAGUUCCGAGGUGAUGCGCAUGCCGGUCUUUGGGGAGGUAGAUAUCCUCGCCGGCGGCAUCAGCCUCCCGCCGGCUUGCCCGAGGCGUCAGCCUUACAGCUACAACGCAGAGAAUGCGGGGAGGAGGACCACACGGAGAAUGGAAGUUCGUUCAGAAGCAAACCGAGAUCGGCUACAAUCAGUACCGCUUCUUCACGGCGCCCUCAGACAUCCGCGCUCGCCAAGCCGGUCAAUAACGACCAGGCCAACCCCUACAUGCACUACAACACGGUGCCCGGCGGCAAGGUCACUUCGUACAAUGCGGCUGUGGGAGUUGGAAGAGGGCGACGGCGACGGUGA